AUGACUCCUAGAAGUCUUGCUGUCGAAGCGUUUGCCUCACAUCUCCUCCGGGGAACUCUUAUGCAAGGUCGUUAUCCUGAUGUGAUUGUAGAUGCCUCCUUGGCGGAGGAGGUGCAAUCUCUACUUGAAGAUGUUCAAGUUAAACAUCUUCGGCCAGUGGUGGAGCUCGAGGGAGAAGAACGUCCUCCCGCUGUGGGGAUCAUCGGCAAUGCCAUCUCUUUUGUCCUCUUCCUAUCACCCAUGCCAACAUUUUUUCGAAUAUGUAAGAAGAAAUCUGUUGAGCAUUUCUCUGUAGUCCCUUACGUUGCGACGCUACUCAACUGUAUGCUUUGGGUAUUAUAUGGUUUGCCCUUUGUGAAACCUAACAGCACGUUAAUAAUAACCAUUAAUGGAGCUGGCACUGUGAUAGAGCUCAUCUAUAUUUUUAUCUAUCUCCUCUACUCGGACGGGUCGAGACGGAUCAAAGCCCUUGUACUUCUCUUCACAGACAUCACCUUCGUUGCCGUCGUCACUGCUAUCAUCCUUUCUAUUUUCAAAUCCCAUGAGCGACGAACACUUAUUGUUGGUAUUCUAUGUAUCAUUUUCUGUAUCAUGAUGUAUGCCUCGCCUCUCUCUAUUAUGAAAAGGGUGAUAAGAACAAAGAGUGUGGAGUACAUGCCUCUCUAUCUCUCGAUUGCUUACUUCUUUAAUGGGCUUUGUUGGACUACUUACUCACUCAUCCAUCUUGACGUGAACCUCACGAUAAUUGCAUUAAUUCCAAAUGCAAUUGGGCUAUUGUUUGCUAUUGCUCAAUUGCUCCUGCAUGCAAUUUACAAUAAAUCAACAAAGCAGCAGCCAAAUGAAGUGAAGAGCGAAGUGGCACUUUCAGAGGUGAACAUUACCCAUUGA